GAACCCGUCACGAACUAGCAUGUAACAUUAUCAUUCACCUCCCAUUAUCACCCACGCGAGCAUUCACCGUCGUUUCGAUCUUUCAUUAGCCAAUUAACCUCCGUUUCGAGAACCUUCGCAAUCGCAAGAAAGGUAGAAAAGGAAAGAAAUUCAACUUAGUUACUCUGCGAUCUUAACGAACUUCGGUUUCUCCGAAACAUUCAGUGAACAGAUUUUUUUUCGAUUAACAGACGAUGAGUGAGGUAUUCGAAGGAUACGAGCGGCAGUACUGCGAGAUUUCGGCGAAUCUUUUGAAGAAGUGCACUGCAGCUGCCGCUCUUUAUGGAGAGCAGAAGAAGCAAAAAGUGUCUGAAAUAAAAAGUGGAGUUGAUGAAGCCGAAUCGUUGAUUCGGAAAAUGGACCUUGAAGCGAGAAGUUUACCGCCUAAUGUUAAGGCUGUGCUUCUUGCUAAGUUGAGGGAGUAUAAGUCAGAUUUAAACAAUCUGAAAACCGAACAUAAGAGACUUGCAUCUGGGAAUUUGAAUGCUGCUGCUCGUGAUGAGUUGUUGGAAUCGGGAAUGGCAGAUACGAUGACGGCAUCGGCUGAUCAAAGAUCAAGAUUAAUGUCAGCAACAGGGAGAUUAUAUCAGUCUAGUGAUAGAGUUCAGGAAAGUAGAAAAACCAUGCUGGAAACCGAGGAGCUUGGUGUUUCAAUUCUCCAUGAUUUGAGUUCACAGAGACAAGCGCUUUUACAUGCCAACAACACGCUUCAUGGAGUGGAUGAUAACGUAGGCAAAAGUAAGAAAGUUUUGACGGCCAUGACCAGGAGAAUGAACAAGAACAAAUGGAUUAUUGGCAUCAUCGUUGCAGUCCUUGCGAUCGCAAUCAUCUUGAUAUUGUACUUCAAACUUAAAUAGCCUAGAUACUUUCUCCAUGGAUGGUGGCUGUUUUACCGACAAUGAUUUUUUUUUUUUUUUUUUUUUUUUAAUUAUGUGUGAAUUUGCCAUUGAGUGCUUAAGUGAAGUCACUUUAUUAAUUUCUGACCUUUUUGCUUCCUUUUAUCCUACGGAGUGAAUCUUAGGAGGUAUCUUUGAUAUGCCGUGUCUUCUGUAUCUAAAACAGUGACGUAAAAAAAUGGUUGAUGGAAAGAAAUUUUCAGCUUGUUUUAUACCAGCA